CUUUUUAACUGGGGCUGGGGAUUUAGCUCAGUGGUGCCACUGCCUGCCUCACAAGCACAAGGUCCUGAGUUCGAUCCCCAGUAUGAAAAAAACCUUUUACUUAGUUUCCUUUUAGUGCCAAAUAUUGAUCUAUUAUGAAAGAAUGACAUACUUCUCCAGAUUAAGGGAUUAGAAUCCAGCAUAGUCUUUUCACUUUAAUUUUCCUUCUAAAAUAGGACCACAGUCUGGUUGGACAAGUUGGGUCAGAGUUUCAUAAUACAGUCCCUACCCAUGUGACUAAGCUCUCUCCCUGAAGGUGUAGUUCAUCUUGGUUUGAUGUCAAAAGAGCUGACCUAUUGAGCUGACAUUCUGAAGAGUUUCAGCUUUAAUAGAAAUGAAUUAUGUGAGGCACCCCUUUCUAAAACUUGUAAGAUUUUUUUUCUAGCCUAGUGAAGCCUGAAAAUACAAAAACCUGUUUUUCUAAUUCAACUCAAUUCCCCAUCAUUAUCACUGCUCUCACAACCUUGCUUGCUUAUUCCACUUUUCAUUGUGUUUCAGUUCAUAAUCUUUGGGUAGACAGGAUAGCACAGCUAUUCCAGGCGUAAUUCUAUUGGCUAUGAGAAAAGAUAGAAAUAGGAUCCAUUUCAGGAUGGAAGGGAAGGGCACAACUGGGAAAGGAUAGAAAACAUGUUCCCAACCCAUUCCUGAGCCUGUGCUCCCCAUUUAGAGAUAGGUUGCUGUCAGACAUUUUCUCACCCUGAAAUAGUUGAUUUAUUUUGGUAGAACUUGAAAAGUGUGGGACAUAAGAAUGAUGUAUUCUCACUUUACCGGUGACUUGUAUUUGGGGAAAGAUUUGGUGUUGCUUGUCACCUUUGUCUAAUCUUGUGUGGUGACCUUCAUUUGCAGAUCUAAAAUCCCAUUGUUUUUGUGAGGCAUGUUAUGCCAUGUUGGGCUGCAUAACUCACCUUUUUUUUUUUUCUUCCCUUUUUUAUCUUCUUUUUUGCUUUUAUCCUCCAGCUGUGCUUCCUAUGUCUCCAGCCUUGAAUGUCACUGCUGCCUUAGGGCAGCCUGGAUCUACCCCUACCCCUCCUUGCUCCCUGGCCCCACAACAGUGCCCUGUGUCAGUUGCAAACCAGUCAUCCCCACUCCCCUCUCCCACUACUAGUAGCACAGUCCCUUUAGAGGUUCCUUUUCCCCAGCCUGCCUCAGGAAUCACCAUGCCUUUCGAAACUUCCCCUGAUACCCCAACUUUCCUACCACACCUGAUAGGGCCUCCUAUCUCCCCAGCUGCCUUAGCCCUGGCCUCUCCCAUGUUAGGGCCAACUCUGAGAGGUGCCCAUUCCGGUUCAGCUCCUUUAGCUCUGGUUGCAUUGGCUCCCCACUCAGUUCAGAAGAGUUCGGAUGUUGUAGCUGAGUCAGGGCCAGUGACAUCUCUGUCAGCUCCCCUUAGUCCCUUAGAACCAAAGACUUCUCCCAUUCAAGUUCCCUGUCAGGUAGUCCCUAAUCCAAAAGUAUCUACCCCAAAUCUUCCAGUUACAGUCAGUGGUAUUCCUUCCCACCUUGUAACUCCCUUGGCCUCUGCUGAAACUAGAGUAUCCUCCUGUCCUCAAAUACCACCUAUCACUUCUCCUCAGGUCAAAGGUAUCCCAGUUUCCCCAGCUCUGAUGCCACAAAACCCAUUAAGCCCAAGCCUAAAGGGGCCUAUUAGUUCACCUGCUGCCUUCUCUCUUUCAACCCAGUCUGUUCCUGCAGUGGCCUCUUCCCAAAAGACUGGAACUCCAGAUAUCCCUCCCAUUUUCCCCACUUCUCUGAGCACUCCUCUUGCACCACAUCAGAGUUCUUUAGACUCUCCUAUUCAACCUUUAGGUCAAACAGGUCCUAACAUUCUGUCAGAUCCUAUAAUGAAUACCAUUUCUGUAGAUCAUUCUUCCAUGGGGACCUCUUAUCCAUCUCAGAGAUCUGAGAUUCCUCCUCUUCCCUCCAAAAGUGAGCUGGUAGCUGGUGCUAUGGCUUCCCUUCCAGUUGGGGGUCCACCCUCAGCUCUAGUCAUUUCUGUUGACAGAAGCCAUUCUACCAUCACUAGUGUAACCUCCCACAGUCCAUUUUCCCCAGAUGUAGCCUCUACUUACUCAUUGUCUCCUACAACCUCUCUCAUUCUUAAAGGCCCACCUAAUGCUACUCAUCAGCCUUUGGUAACUCAAAGUCCUACUUCUCCAGGAGCAGACUUAAAAGAAAUGUCUGUCUCUUCUGGUAGAACUGCUCAGCUUGUGAUAACUAACCCUUCUACAACUUCUACAGUAAAUUCUGCCUUUGAGGUAGCUAAGGAACUUCCUACUCAAGUAGCAGCCACUCCUGGGAUGCCAUUUUCUCCACUGCCAGCUCCUGAAGACUAUAAAUUUCUUCCCACUUCAGUAUUGGUAAAUGUAGGUGCUCCUAUUUCUCCAGCCCAGGCAGGACUCCCUACCAAGAAAGACCCUACUAAUAUACUGCCUCUGGCCCCAGGACCCCCUAAAAAUUCCUCCUCUCUCCAAAGUAUAUCACCUCUGGAAAUAACUCCUCCUGGAGCCACUGUAACAAAGAAAAGCUUUAUAAGGCCUCUCCCUGUAGCUGAGCCAGCUAGUGCUACUGCUGCUUCUCUGGGUGUCAACUCCCCAUUCUCUGUAGUUAAGACAGAUGUUUAUGCAAGCCCAGACUCCACUAGUCUCUUUCUCAAAAGUUCUGUUACUGCCCCAACAGUCGUUGCAGUUCCUCUGGAAAGUGCUGGCCCUGAGGGAGUGGCUUCUACAACUACCAAAGACACCUCCACUCCUGCAACUACAGCCAGUCCUUUUGUAGGAGCUAUCUCUUCAGCUCCUAAAAACCACCCAGCUAAAAAGGGUACUUGCAUUCUUACUGCUUUACCUUCGGUUCCACCAGCCUUUGAAAGUAGGCCUAUAGCUCCCGCUGUGAAUUUAUCCCCCCAGAAUGUUUCUGUUUCUGCAGCUCCCUUGGCACUGGCCCCUGAAAUUCCCCAGUCUGUGCCUUUUCCCACACUUCCACCAGCUGGCAUUUCUCCUUCUGCAGAGAAACUUGGUGGUAUUUCUCAUACCUCAGCAUUGGCGCCUUUGGCUUCCUCUCCUGAAGGGCAUCCAAGUGAAGACUCUGGUGCUUCUGUUACUGCAUCUUACCUGGCUAAUUCCCCAUCUCCCCUAAGGACUGGCAUUUCUCCUCAGACUAAAAGAUCAGAAACCCAGAAGGGUUCCACUGUCACUGAUGAUCUGACUGGAAACGUCUCCUGUCUUUCUCACAUUGAAGUUUCCUUCCUUCCAGAGGCUAGUCUUUCUUUUCAAGGCCCUAAAGACUCACUAACCAAGAAGCAGCCUCCCUCUUCUCCCUCCCCAGAAGGAGCAACCCCAUCCCCGAAAGAGGUCCCAGCAACCCUCUUCCCCACAGAGGCCCCUGGCUCCCUACUUGUGGCUCCUCCAUACCCUAAAAAGGCCCUAGCAACCCUGUCCCCUAAGGGGACCUCCACUGUCCCAGCCAAGACUCUUCCCUCCCACAAAAAAGCCCCAGCAACUUCAUCCCUCAGAGAGUCCCCCACUGCCCCAGCCAAGACUUCUACCUCCCCCAAAGGAGCUCCCACUCCUCCAGCUGAGACUAAUCCCUCUCCCCAAAAGUCCUCAGCAACUGCAGCUCCCAAAGGGACCCCCACUCCCCCAAGUGAGAUUUCCUCCUCCCCCAAAAAGGCCCCAGCAACUCCAUCCCCCAAAGAGACCCCAACAACCCUCUCUUCAAAAGGUGCCUCUACUACUCCCCUGGCUGAGAUUCGCCCCUCCCCCCAAAAGGCCCCAGCAACCCCCUCUUCCAAAGGGACCCCCACUCCCCCAGCUGAGACUCCUCCCUCCCCAAAAAAGGCCCCAGCAACUACAGCCCCCAAAGAGACCCCAGCAACUCCAUCUUCCAAAAGGGUCCUCACUCCCCCAACUGAGAUUCCCCUGUCCUCCAAAAAGGCAACCCCAUCUUCCAGAGAGUCCCCAGCAACCCCCUCUUCCAAAGGGACCCCCACUUGCCCAGCUGAGAUUCCUCCCCCAAAAAAGACCCCAGCAACUGCAGCCCCCAAAGAGACCCCAGCAACCCCCUCUUCCAAAGGGGCCCCCACUCCCCCAGCUGAGACUCCUCUCUCCCCAAAAAAGGCCCCAGCAACUACAGCCCCCAAAGAGACCCCAGCAACUCUGUCUUCCAAAAGGGUCCUCACUCCCCCAACUGAGAUUCCCCUGUCCUCCAAAAAGGUAACCCCAUCUUCCAAAGGGCCCCCCACUCCCUCGGCUGAGACUCCUCCUUCCCCAAAAAAGGCCCCAGCAACUACGGCCCCUAAAGAGACCCCAGCAUCCCCCUCUUCCAAAGGGGCCCCCACUCCCUCGGCUGAGACUCCUCCCUCCCCCAGAAAAGCCCCAGCAACUGCAGCCCCUAAGAAGACUUCAGCAACUCAAUCCCUCAAAGGGGCCCCCACUCCCCCAGCUGAGACUCCUCCCUCCCCCAAAAAGGCUCCAGCAACUGCAGCCCCCAGAGAGACCCCAGCAACUCCAUCCUCCAAAAGGGUCCUCACACCCCCACCUGAGAUUCCUCUGGCCUCCAAAAAGGCAACCCCAUCCUCCACAGAGCCCCCAGCUGAGACUCCUCCCUCCCCCAAAAAAGCCCCAGCAACUGCAGCCCCUAAGAAGACUUCAGCAACUCAAUCUCCCAAAGGGGUCCCCACUCCCCCAGCUGAGACUCCUCCCUCCCCCAAAAAGGCCCCAGCAACUGCAGCCCCUAAAGAGACUCCAGCAACUCCAUCCUCCAAAAGGGUCCUCACUCCCCCAACUGAGAUUCCCCUGUCCUCCAAAAAGGCAACCCCAUCUUCCAGAGAGGCCCCAGCAACCCCCUCUUCCAAAGGGACCCCCACUCACCCAGCUGAGAUUCCUCCUUCCCCAAAAAAGGCCCCAGCAACCCCCUCUUCCAAAGGAACCCCCACUCUCCAGGCUGAAAUUCCUCCCUCCCCUAUAAAGGUGCCAGUAACUGCAGCCUCCAAAGAGACCCCAACAAUCCCAUCGUCCAAAGGGGGCCCCAGUGCCCCACCCAAGACUCCUUCCCCAAAAAAGGCCCCAGUGACUCCAUCCCCCAAAGAGGCCCCCACUCCCCCAGCCAAGGCUCCUCCCAAAAAGGUCCCAGCAACUGCACCUCCCAAAGGGGUCUCUAUUUUUCCAGCUGACACUCCCCUCUCCCUCAAAAAGGCCCCAACUGCAGUUCCCAAAGAAGUCUCAGCAGCCCCAUCCCCUAAGGGGGCCUCCAUUUCCCUGGCUAUGGCUCCUGCCUCCCUGAAAAAGGCCUUAGAAACUGAAGCCCCCAAAGAGGCUCCCAAUCCCACAACAGAGACUCCUCCCUCCCCUCAAAAAACCCCAGCAACUGCAGCCCCCAAAGAGGCCCCAACCACUCCAUUCUCCAAAGGAGACCCUACUCCCCCAGGCAAAGCUGCUCCCUCCCCCCAAAAGCCUUCAGUAACCUCACCUUCCAAAGGGGUCUCAAGUACCCCUGCUAUGACUCCUCCCUCCCCUCAAAAGAUCAGAGAAACCACAGCUUCCAAAAAGUCCCCCUCAACCAAAGGGAGUACCCCUGCCCCAGCCAAGACUCCUUCCUCCCCCAAAAAGGCCCCAGCAGCUACAACUCUCAAAGAGGGCCCUGCUCCCCAAAUUAUGACUCCUGCCUCCAAAAAUCCCCCAGCAACCCCAUCUUCCAAAGGGACCCAGUCUGUCCCAGCUGUGACUCCCACUUCCCUCAUAGAGGCCCCAGCAAACCCACCUUCCAAAGGCACUCUCUCUUCAGCUAUUACUCCUCACUCUCCUAAAAAGGCUCCAGCCCAAAAAGGGGCCUCCACUCCCUCAGAUGCUACCCCUCUCUCCUCAAAGGGGGUCCUGGGUAUUCCAUCCUCCAAAGAGGCCCCCACUCCCCCACCUAUGACUCUUGACUCUCACAAAGAGGCUCCAUCCCCUAAAGAGGCUCCCAUUUUUCCAGUCACUGCUUCUCCCUCCUCUAAAGGCUUCCCUAUUUCCCCAGUGUCAGUCACAGGUACCUUGGGGGUUAUUGCCCCUCAGGCAUCAGAAGGGAUCCUAGAAAAGAAAGGCCCCACAGAUAUGAAAGAAGUACUUGUUGCCCCAGCUCCAGUAAGUGCACCAGUAACUGAGGCUCCUGCUCACAAAGGCACAGGGGCCAAGAAUUCUGCCACUCUACCUCCUAGGUGUUCAGAUCCCUCUGCUAAGAAUGAUAAUAAAAGAUCCCGUUCUACCAUGGCUCCAGGCCCUCUACUGACAGCCCCCACUCAGAAAGAUUCUUCAAAGACUACAAAAGCCCUCCAUACUUGUGCAAAAGGCAAAGAUUCUUCUCAUUCUGCAAAGGGUCCCUUGGGUGCUUCUCCUGACUCUGAGACAUCUACCCCUCUAGCAGCAGUGGCCUCUGAGAAGAUCCUUCCUAAAGCUGGAUCAGCAUCUAUCUGUCCAGCACCCAACCCACCAGGCUCCCUGCCUCUAGCUCCUACCCCAGUUCCCCCCCUGCUUCCUAAACCACAGUUUCUGCCGCCCUCACCUGGUCUGGUGCUGGAAUCACCCUCUAAGCCCCCAGUCCCUGCUGAUGAGGAUGAGCUGCCACCUCUGAUUCCCCCGGAACCGAUUUCUGGGGGCAUGCCUUUCCAGUCGGUCCUCGUCAACAUGCCCACCCCCAAACCUGCUGGAAUCCCUGCCCCAACCCCCUCUGCCAAGCAGCCUGUUUUGAAGAACAACAAGGGUAUUUGCCUUGGUUUGCUGUGUGCAUGGUGUGUUGCCCACACCCCUCUUGGGGGCUACCCACCAGUACUAACCCUAGGAUGCGCCGCUUCCUCCAGUAUAUCUGCUUGAGUUUGGACGUGGUACAUAGAAUGAUAAUUUUAAAUGCAAGGAGCUGUAGGAAUACAAAAUUAAACCUUGGUUUUCAUUAUCUCAGAUAGUAUUUUGUUGUGUCUUAUAGAACUAUGGAUCUGCUGUCCUUUUUACCUAACUGUUCUGAUAUUGAAAACCAAGACCUAUUAAACCUUUAAUUUGCUCUAAUCUUAACCACAUCACUAACCUUGUCCCUGGGCCUGGGAUUUGCUAAAAAUAUAGGGAAUCUGGGACUAUUUUUAUUUGUUUUUAUUUCAUAGACUUAGUAAUGACCAGUUGCCCAGGGAUUUCCCUUUCAUUAAAACAUAGACACCUUGGGCCGGGGAUUUAGCUCAGUGGUUUCACCACCUGCUGUGCAAGCACAAGGACCUGAGUUCGAUCCCCGGUACCAAAAAAAAAAUAACACCUGUUUUUUUAAUAGAGAAUGGUGCAGGUAAAUGCUUUUUUCCUGAGUAGUCUUUAGUGAUGCUUGGCCUUUCAAUUAAGGGAAACAUAAUAUGAAUUACAUUUGGAAGAAAUGGGGGAAGUUACAGGACAGAAAGAGAGAAAGUGACUUUUAGAACUUGACAUUCAGGAUCUUCCAGAGAUACUGAUUAGAUCAAAUUACUAGAGUGAAUGCUUUGAAAAUAAGGCCAAAUGUGUAUACACAACUGUUUCUGGCCUGUUCUGCCUUGUCACUUUAUUGUUUCUUCACUUGUGUAUCUGGAGAUAACCUUUUACCAGAACCUUUCUGAGAUGAUUGAGCUAUUGGAGUUCCAUAGGUGCUUUGUGGAUGCCUAUGCCAAGAAAUGAAGAUCUCAAGGGAAAGAAAGCAAUCGUAAUACUAAAAAUGUUCAGCUAUAUCUAGUGAUUAUCCUCAUUUCUAGAGGUGAAUCUUUAAUAGAUACAUAUGUCCUAGGGGUUUUCAAGCUGGCUUCACACAUUAGUUGAUUUACAUUUAACAUUGUAAGGCCUAGCAUAUAGCAGUGAUCUCUAGUCCAAACUAUAGUAAGCACCUCCUUAAAUCUCUACUGUAAAAUUAUAAAAGUUGUUUGUCA